GGGAAUUAGCUAACAUAGCUCUCUCCAACUGGACCAUUUCUAAUGCUCACUUAUUAACAAGUAAUGACUUGUAACUUUGAUCUGUACACAAACCUGUGUGUAAAAAUGACAUGCUGGGGUUUUAUAGUGACUUAAUUACCUUUUGGACAGAAUCAGACUAGCUGUGUCCACCUGUUUCUGGUCUUCGUGCUAAGCUAUGCUAACACCCUCUGGCUGUAGCUUCAUAUUAAGCAUAUAGACAGGAGAGUGAUGGAUCAGUCAAUCAUUUCAUCUUCAUCUACAAGGACUUUCCCUAGAAGUGCUGUCAACAAAAAAUACAGAAAGGAUUUGGAAUUGAAACGGUUCAGUUUCACACACAUGAGGGGGAAAAAAACUUAAUUUGAAAGGCUUCCAAGCUCACUUAAACCCGGAGGUCUCUGCUUACCUGGUUAUGUCACUGUGAAACUGAAAUGGAUAUUAUUAGAAAACAAGAUUUCAAAGAGGAAGCAAUGUAAGAGAGUGUGAGUGGUUACUGUGUAACUGUGAGUCUGUGUGUGUACCUUGGUGUGUGCAGAGGGGGGGGUAAUUACGGUGUUGAAUGUCCUCCUCAUCACUGGAGCUGACCUGAGAACACAACAGUUAAUCAUCCACUAACCAGCAGAAAGAGACGGAGCGAGAGAACAGAGAGGAGCCAGCACUGCAGGCUGCACGGUUGGAUAGAAAGAGACAAACUUUUUGGCACCUGAACUUAUUAAAGACUGAAUUCAAAAAAAGAAGAGAAGAAGAGUCCUCUAUCAGGCUGUCUGGAAUAAAGGAGGCUCUUACCUGAGAGUGGAAGAUCAACAAAUGUACACACACCUGCUCCUGUGGAAGACUUUUCAGCAGCGGUCCACUUGUGCUUGUGUUAGUAUGUUCACAACACGUAGACUGUCCUGCUUUUCUAUCAGACUGUGUGUGAGUGUGUGAGGGGGGCCACAUGGGGCCCGGGCCCUGUCCAGGAUGCCAGCAGCAGCAGGAACAUUGAAGCCCUCUCUGGAGGACAUGGUGGCAGAAGGAGGGGGUGAAGGAGAACACAACGCACCCCACUGGGAAGCCUCAGCGCUGGGCCGGGAGCGUCUCUCUCUGCCCUCUCUGAAGGUCCCCAGGGAGCUGCUGCGGAGCUUCCCCCACUCCAAACGGGUGGGGUCCUAUCUGGUGGGGAAAAUGAUCAACAAGGGAUCGUUUGCCAAAGUGAUGGAGGGGCUGCACAUCGGCACGGGCGAGAAGGUGGCCAUAAAAGUGAUCGACAAGAAGAAAGCACGGCAGGACUCCUACGUUCUGAAGAACAUGAAGAGAGAACCUCGAAUUCAUCAGAUGGUGCGACAUCCUCACAUUGUCGUCCUGCUUGAGACUCUGGAGACAGAGAACAGUUACUACAUGGCCAUGGAGCUGUGUGCAGGAGGAGACCUGAUGGACAGGAUCUGUGAGAGGAAGAGGCUGGAGGAAAGGGAGGUGCGGCGCUACACCCGUCAGAUCCUCUCUGCAGUGGAUCACCUGCACAAACAUGGCGUCGUGCACAGAGAUUUAAAGAUCGAAAACUUCCUGCUGGACGAACACAACAACAUUAAGAUUGUGGAUUUUGGCCUCAGUAACACUCUGAAGGUUGAAUCUUUGUCUCUGGAGCUGCUCAACACGCAGUGUGGAAGUCCCGCCUAUGCAGCCCCCGAGCUGCUCGCUCACAGGAAGUAUGGACCCAAAGUGGACGUCUGGUCCAUAGGUGUGAGUAUGUUUGCCAUGCUGACGGGAACCCUGCCCUUCACUGUGGAGCCUUUCAACAUCAAACAGCUGCACCAUAAGAUGGUCAAUGGAGAGAUCAGCAGCAUCCCCAGUGAUGUCAGCAAAGGUGCAGCAGCGUUUGUGUUGUCUCUCCUGGAGCCAGACCCCGAUAAGAGACCGAGUGUGAGAGCUGCGAUGGAGGAGAGGUGGAUCAAUGAGGCAAAUGCCAAGAAGCCUCUGAACACACUCUCUCAUAAAAACAGGCUGUGUCCAGAGGAUCUCAACUCGUCUGUGCUCUCGUACAUGACAGAGACGCUGGGUUACUCCCUCUCUGAAGUCAUACACACAGUCACAACCAACAGACCUUCUGCCAUCAUGGCCUCCUAUCACCUCCUGCACAACAAGCUCAGCAGGAGCCAGAAAGGAGCCAAGACCAGCAAGAAGCUAGAAAGCGGGGACUGGAGUCUUCCGAGCAAGAACACAUGGAGAGAGAGGAAUAACAGCGAAUCAAAGGCUCAGCAGCAGAAUGAAGCAACCAAUGAAAAACCCCUGAAGAAGUCCAACAAGCCCCUGAGAGCCCAACAGACAACUGAAUAUCAGAGCAACAAGAAGAGGCCUGAGGACCUACCCAGGAAGGACCACAUAGAGGACACAGAGAACCGUCCACCCUCUCCAUCUUUACCUAAGCUACCUUACUCUGCCUCCCCUUCAAUACCCCCUUGUCGCCUCUCCCCUUCACCUGCAGAGGACGGGGCCAUCAAUGAGGAGACCGGCAUCACCUUGGACACAAGAGGAACCCUGCUGUUUCCUGAAGUGUCUGUGUUUGGAGACAGAGAGCUCGUCCAUCUUUGUCCUCCUCAAAGCUCUGCAUCUCAACUCUGUGACUCUGCCCCUUGCCAAGUCCCCCUACUUCCUGAGCCAAUAAGAGACUCCAGCACUUCUAAACCAAUCCGACCCACACACCUGCUCAGAACAACUCGGUCAGAUGGGGCAGCAGACCCUGGAUCAGACUGCUUUAAUGAAAACCGCCAUCAGGAUGAUCACUCCCAUCUCUUGAGCAUCAACGAGCGUCUGGAGAAGCUGCAGACGUUUUAUUCAUCAGAGAAGAACAGCAUCUCUCCACGGAUGCUCCUGCAGGCAGACACAAACACCUCAGACAGAGACCACCAAGGCACCAUGGAGACCACACAGAAGUCACCCUCUGCACCGCUGCCACGUCUGCGCAACUUGGGACUUAAAGACGGGCGAGCAAGGAAGAUGACAUGGGUAGGGUUGACUCGUCCUGGGCCUCAAGGACUCCUGGUGAAUGGGUCUAAACCUCCUGUAUUCCCCUCUCAGAGACAACAUACCUUGGUCAUUAAAAGCCUGAGGCAGGAGAGGGGCAAAAGAAGAGAUCUGACCGCAGCAGGGGGAGGAGGGGAGAGAGGGACAGCUGGAGGAGGUAUAAACAUAGCAAAGAGGAACUCAGUACAGCUGCGGUCAUCUCUUCAGCGUCGGGUGGCAGACCUAAAUCUGCCACUCCUUCCUGCUGCUCUGCAAGGGAAGACGGAUAGGAAUAAGAACCAGCUACAAAGCAUGGACUACUGAAAGAUGGGAGGACAAAAUAGAGAGGCAGCGUUAGAGGCCAGAAAAAAUACAAUGGCGAAAGGAUAUAAGUCAGUGGCAGCUAUUAGAUUCUGAAAACAAAAACACUACCACCAAGCUACUGAGAAAUGUAAUUAAGGCCACUAUUUGUUGCACCAUAACUGCAGCACUGCUCAAAUGCUGCUUUUUAAUGUCAUACAACUCUGUUCCAGAUCUGCAAAUUUACCAUUCUGGCAUAUUGAUGUCACUUUUCUCUAUUGAUCAGCAACUGAAAAAACAAAGGAUAUUUAAUAUCUGGAGAAACUUGAACAUAAAAUAUCAUAAGAUAAUCUAUUUGCUGCCACUAGGCAAGAGCUAACAUUAGCUCUCAACCACUCCCUUGCUAACAGCAUCAUAAGCUAAAAAUUCCUAUCAUGUCCUAUCAUGUUGUGUAACACUAUGAAAAGGAAAUGCCAGUCAGCAGGUUGCUAAAUUCUAGCUGUUACCUGUUGUUAGCAACACUAACGUUAGCAUUAAACCACUACUAGCUGAAGCUGCAAGGAACAUAAACCUUUCAUACAGUGUCUGCCAGUGAUGUUAGCUAGAAAGUGGCUCAAUGCUAUCACUGGGUUGUCAGUCGUUAGCAGUCAGCCACUUGACUUACCUUAUCACAUCCUGUUAAAUUCUCUAAAAAGGAAAUGUUAACUACUAAAUAACUUGAAGUCUCAUGCUAGCUAUUUUCACAGGUUAGCAACAGUUAACAUUAACUUUCAGCCACUUCAAGCUAAUGACAGUUAUUCAUAUAAUGAAACCAAACUGUAUGCUAACGAAUACUCAUUGACUAUUGGCUAAUGCAAAUGUUUUUUGUUUUUCAUCAUAUCUUACACAAUCACUUGGCAGUGUUAGCUAGCUAAAGGUUGACUGCUGUCACUAGCUGUUGUAUAACGGCAAAUACAUAAUUAUCAAAUGUGUUGAUUUACCUUUAAAUAUGGCCUAUCUCUUAGACAUUUUAUUAUCUAUGUCUUUACAGUUGCUGAACAAUGUAGAAACGUUAAAAUAUUAUAAACAUUCGUCAGGUUCCCUCUGUUGUCACAAUUUGUAAACCCAAUGUCCCACACUACAAAUAUUUUAACAGCCUUUGAGCUUCUCAUCGAAAUGCAAUGUCAGAAGAAAAUCAUUACUGUAUGACUGUGGAGGAUAUUACUGACAAAGGGAAAGAGCGGCUGUCCAUUAAUGCCUUGCUCCUCAACAGCACUUCUUCCCAAGCUUGUAACGAAGCAGUCUGUAUAUAUUCAGUGCCAAAACUUCAAACUCCCUGUAAGCUCAGAACAUUUCUACAGCUUGACUUCGGUCACACAAGCUACUGUUGGCUUUUUUUCAGCUUUACUUUCAACAUGUUCUCCACCCAUCACCAUGUGAAGUGCAGUAUGCACAUGUGCUUAUGGUUGUAUUUGUAUUCACUGUUCUUACACAUUUUUGUAUUUACCUUGAAAGUCAAAGUAAAAACAAGUCUCAAUGAAA